GAAUCAUAAUAGGUUCACAGUUUACGUCCAGACAUUGACUUCUUCACAUCCAUUAUUCGGUCGAGCCUGAGAUCAUGUCUCUUGCCAAUCUCAUCGGAGUUGACGUGGGUACCGGAAGUGUCCGGGCAGCCUUGGUGAGCAGUAAUGGCCGGGUGCUCAAAACGCACGUCAAGCCGACCCAAACCUGGAAUCCACGACCCAAUCACUACGAGCAAUCGUCGGACAAUAUCUGGAGCGCCGUUUGCGAAUGCGUUCGGACUGUGGCAUCCUGUUGUCCACGCGAGCAUAUCAAGGGCAUAGGCUUCGAUGCCACCUGUUCGUUAGUUGUGCUGGACAAGGGAGGGAACCCCCUAACGGUUAGCGUUACGGGAUGCAAUGAACAAAACAUCGUACUAUGGAUGGACCAUCGUGCCCAGGAAGAGGCCGAUUUCAUUAACUCGACCAAACAUGAUCUUUUAAACUACGUGGGAGGAUCCGUUUCACUGGAAAUGGAAUGCCCCAAGCUGCUGUGGCUCAAAAAACAUAUGUUCGAGCAGACUUGGGCCAAAGCAGGAGCGUUUUAUGACCUGCCGGAUUUCUUGACCUACAAGGCGACUGGAAUCUCAUCGAGAUCGAUAUGUUCUGCUGUUUGCAAGUGGAACUACGAUGCAAUGAAGGCUUCGUGGUCGGCUGAUUUUCUGAACAAGAUCGGAUUGCCGGAUUUGAUAGAGAACAAUUUCCAUCUCAUAGGAGAGAAACUUAGCAGCCCAGGAAACCCAAUCUCCGGUGGGUUGUCUAAAGAAGCCGCCGAAGCUAUGGGUCUUUUGCCGGGGACGGCAGUGGCUACUUCGAUGAUUGAUGCACAUGCUGGGGCCCUAGCUUUACUAGGGGCACGCAAUCCAGACAGUGGCAUAUCCGAAUCCCUAACGUCGAAAAUGGCCAUCAUAUGCGGGACUUCUUCUUGUCACAUGAGUAUCACGGAGGCACCUAUCAUGGCACCGGGCAUUUGGGGCCCGUACAAAAAUGCCAUCAUUCCCAAUCUGUACCUUAACGAAGCCGGCCAGAGCGCCACCGGAGUUCUGAUGGAUUUCGUUCUGCAGACGCAUCCUUGCUACAGUGAACUACUGAAAGAACAUGGUACUAAUGGAGCCAUCUAUGGCUAUUUGAAUGACUUUCUCAAAAAACUGACACAACAGAGGGGGCUACUAUCCGUGCACAAGUUGACGAAGACAUUGCACAUCUGGCCUGACUUCCAUGGGAACCGAUCUCCCUUGGCGGAUCCCACAUUGAAGGGAAUGAUAUCAGGCCUUACAAUGACGAAUGAUGUUGAGAACUUAGCGUUGAUAUAUCUUGCACUGAUGCAAGCUUUGGCGUACGGCACCCGUCACAUUCUGGACGUCUUGGCAAAAUCCGGCCGUGACCCGAUACGCUCCAUACUGCUCUGCGGUGGUCUCAGCAAAAACGGUCUGUUUGUUCAAACACAUGCCGACAUCUGUUCCAUUCCAGUCCUGCUACCGCACGAAACCGAAGCCGUCCUGCUGGGAUCGGUCAUGAUAGGAGCAUGCGCUGCUGGGAUCUAUGCGGACUUGAAGACUGCAGCCACUGAAAUGGGAGGAACGGCCGAAGUUGUCAAACCGGACAUGAGCGAUGCUAAUCGAGAUUAUCACGAGCGAAAGUAUCGAGUGUUUCUUAAAAUGGUUGAAGAUCAACGAUCCUACGAGAAGCUAAUGACCAGCUAGGAACUAACAUUUCAGGGAAUUCUCACAUACUAUGGUUCACAUUUUUACAGUUUAAAGCCAAGCCUUUUAUAUAUUACAUUUAGGAAUAAAGUGUUGUGCAACUUAA